AUGGUUCUCUUCAAGACUAAAUUUACUUUUCAAAAGCGGGUAAAACUUGCUCAAACGCUAUGGCUCCUCUCAUGGGUCAGUGUCCUAGUGGGAUGCCUGACCUUUGGCUUGGGGAUCUUCCUAAAGGUUCAACUAUGGAUACACAAUGAAGUGAUGGACAACACUGUGGCUCAUGCUGUUCCUAACACCGUGAUUACUGCUGGACUUGUGGGAGUCCUGCUUGGUGUGUUUGCAAGCAAAAUCAGUCAGGACUCUCUUGAUAUGGUCAAAUAUCCUCGCUGGAAGUCUUUGAUGCUCCCUUAUUUUUUCUUUUCCAUUCUGAGUUGUCUGCUCUGCCUGACUGCUCUUUUCCUCAGUAUUGUAAUGAGAGGAAGUCUGGAGGAAUCCUUGAAGGUUGGCUUGAGGAAUGGCAUUAGGUUCUACAAAGAUACUGACACUCCAGGUCGAUGUUACCAGAAAAGAACCAUGGACAAAUUGCAAAUGGACUUCCAGUGCUGUGGGAACAACCACUACAAAGAUUGGUUUGAGGUUCAAUGGAUCAGCAAUCGCUACCUGGACUUCUCCUCCAAGGAAGUAAAAGAUCGUAUAAAAAGCAAUGUGGAUGGUAGAUACCUAAUGGACAGUGUUCCAUUCAGCUGCUGUAACCCCAGCUCUCCUAGGCCUUGCAUCCAGAACCAGAUCACCAAUAACUCAGCCCAUUACAGCUACAACUACCAGACAGAUGAGCUAAACAUCUGGGUCAGAGGCUGCCGGGAGGCCUUACUGAGUUACUACACUGGAAUUAUGGCCACAAAUGGCGCGGCUGUCACUUUGUUCUUCCUUCUACAGAGCUCUGUGCCAUCAAGUGGGCAGUUUCUAAAAAUGUUCCUUAAAAAUGUCUUGCUUCGGUGUAUGAGCCCAGCUGUUUGUGAGUUAUAUGACAAUAGUCAGAGUGAGACUGCCAUUGGGCUUUAA